CAGUUUUAGCGCCCGAAAUGGGUCUGGAAAUGUUCACAAUGCACACGAAGGUGCUGAACGGUAUGGAGGGACGGAUGAGGGAGUCAAAUAUGCGGAUUCUCGUCGGAUUAGGCGUUGCUGUCGUUUAUUUGUUUGUUGGAGCAAUUGUUUUUGUCAGAAUCGAGUACCCAUUGGAGAAAAUCGAGCGAGAAGCCUACCUGGACUAUCAGAAUCAGUGGAGGGAUCGACUGAUACAACUGGAUAUUGAUGAAUCCGAAAUCGACAAACUCUUCCUAAACAUCCGAGAAGCCGCUUUAAAUGGUAUUUGGAUGGAUCGUAACCUGACAAGUGACCCCAAUUGGACAUUUGGACAAGCUUUCUUCUUCGCCGGUACACUUAUUAGUACCGUAGGGUACGGAAGAGUCAGCCCGCGAACAGAAUAUGGAAAACUUUUUACUAUUUUGUAUUGUGUUAUAGGAAUCCCACUCACCUUGGCAUUGCUAUCGGCAAUUGUCGCUAGAAUGAGAGAACCAUCGCAUAAGCUCAGGGGACUGUUAAAUCAACGAUUAGGACACUUAUUCACUGUUAAUCAUAUUCAGCUAAUCCACGUGGGCGUCGUGUUCGCAUCUCUCCUCCUCUUCGUCUUCGCCAUUCCGGCGUGGGUAUUUUCAUCGAUCGAAACGGAUUGGUCAUAUCUAGAUGCGUUCUACUACUGCUUUGUAUCACUUACCACAAUCGGAUUGGGAGAUUUCGAGCCGGGAGAUGAUCCGAAUCAAUCGUUCCGUGGAUUAUACAAGAUUGGAGCUACUGUAUACCUGAUGGGCGGUCUGUGUUGUAUGAUGUUGUUCCUGGCGACACUCUACGACAUUCCGCAAUUCAAUUUGACGUCGUUUUUCGUGAAAAGUGAUGAGGAGAUGAGGUUCAGUGAGGAAGAUGGAAAGUAUGGAACUCUGGAUUCUAACGUCGUGGAAAAUGGUUUCUACUCUGCCGAUCAUUAGGACUUUUAUUGAUUUUUUCUCAUUAAUUCAUUGAUUUUUUGUAUUGUGAUGAUCUCAAUUUGAAAAAAAAAGAAAUAAAAUGCAAUAAUUAUCGAUUUUUUGAAAUAAAGAAUGUUUUUUUUUACAA